GUCAAAAGUGUGACCAGGCCAACAAUAGGUCAACAGCUUGCACGAGCCAAAAGAAUAAUUCAACACCACACCUCCAUUGAUCUUGAGCAGUACAUUGGAAACACUUUUCUACGAAGAAGUCGCGCGCCCAAACAUACGACCUUUGCCGACACGGACAAUUUCUCUCGACGGUCAUUCAGAUCGGAGUCGUCUCCGUCGUUGGAGCGGGUAAUCUUCUAGCCGCAGCCAUCUCUCAAAUGUUGGGGGCAUUAGCUGACAAUUUCAAUGAGAACACGAAUGAUAUAUUCCUUCCCUCUUCAGUGUCCUGAGACUUCCAAACAUCUGCGUGACGGCCCUCGUUCUUGACAAUAAGCGGACAAGAUGCCCGAAAUUCGCGAUGACAAGGCCCAAUACGUUGUGCCCUUUAUUCUCUCCCUGCUUGCGGAACAUCAGAAGGCAUAUUCGACGUCUUCGAAUCCACCACCCUUCUUCAUCGGCCUGAAUGGCGUCCAAGGGGCCGGGAAGACGGUCCUCGUGGACAUUUUGAAGACCACCUUGUCGUCACCGCCCCAUAAUCUUCCCGUAGUGGUCUUCUCCCUCGACGACCUCUACCUGACGCACGCCGACCAAGUGGCCCUGGCGCAGUCGCAUCCAGAUAACCCGCUGUUGCAACACAGGGGACAGCCUUCGACGCAUGAUAUUCCCCUUGCUCUUUCGGUGUUUGCGAGCCUCAAGCAAAACAGGCCAACUAAGAUCCCGCAGUACAAUAAAGCUGCCUUCUCAGGGCAAGGGGAUCGGGUGCCCGAGAGCGAGUGGGAAGAGGUCAACACUGACCCGUCUAGCCCGGUGCGUGUGGUUUUAUUUGAGGGAUGGUGCGUUGGAUUCCGCCCACUGGCUCAAGAAGCGUUGGGAUCAAAGCACGCGGCCGCCGUUGCUGCCCUGGAGAGCUCCACAGCCAACAGCCCGUACACCGGCCGCUUGGGACACAACACACUGAAAUCGAUCACGACCAUCAAUGAAGCCCUUAAGAAGUAUGACGAGAUAACCACUCAGCUCGACGCAUUCAUCCACAUCGACGCCCUUGACUCUCAGUAUGUGUACAAGUGGCGCUUGGAGCAGGAAGCCGGCCUCCGCGCAGCGAGGGGGAGCGGGAUGACGGACGAACAGGUCAAGCAUUUUGUAGACGGCUAUUAUCCUGCGUACGAGCUGUACACGGACACACUGCGGCAAGGGGUGUUCAAGGGCAUCAAGGACGAUUGGCAGGGCAAGCAGUUGCGCUUGGUGGUUGGGGAGGAUCGCAAGGUGAGGGAAGUGGUGAAGAUCUGAAAUCGUCGCUUGGCCGGUUCCGGUUUGAAGAGGUGGCCCGCCAAAGGAAGGAGAUCAACCUAUCGCCUCGGUGAUCAACUACAAAUUAAGAUAAGCUGGGCUUUCGAGGACAGUGUCAAUCAAUAGACGAUGACGCCUCUGGAGAGGUACCGAUGACGAUCUAGCACAGAGCUCUCGCAGACUGGAAAUUUCCCACCCACCUGCUUGUCGUUUGGUUGCGCUUGGCCAGAUGGAGGCAAAUAGUAGGUGGAAGUGACGAGCUAUCAAGUGAAAGAUGUGCAGAGCGGUCCAGGGCGAGUCGCCAAACACAACUUGCCAGGUCUCUCGGUCCCCUUGCUCUCCAGAGUCUUGUUGUCCUCAGUCCACGACCCUCCUCGCACAUCGGGUUUUGUGGGCAAAUCGAGGAUAUCCUUGCAUUCCGAGGCAAAAAUACUAUACCACAUAGGCUGAAGUCCUCGUUCGGCUGUUUCAAGCUGGAACUCGUUGUGUGGAACAAGACACUAGAGAAAGCCCUUUGAUACUAAAAAUCAUCAAUUCUGC